AUGCAUCAAUCUGAUCUUACUCCUAUGCCUCAUGAUAAAAUUGGUAAUCGAGUUUUUAAAUAUAGACUUAUAAUAAAAGACGUGGCAACUAGAUAUCGAAAAAGCUAUGCAUUAACUAAUAGAUCGGCUUCUACAGUUGCUAAAGCAAUUAUGAAGAUCCCAACAAUUCUCUUUCUUGGCCUAAUGUUUUUAGAACCGAUAAAGGUACUGACAGAACGCGAUCAUCAAGAAUUUGAUAAACAUGCUUUCAUUCUUCAAGAUGCAAUAGAUUUUUAUUUACCUAUGUCUAAUAGAUCUAGAGCAUGGGUUAAAGGUCUUUAUAUUAAUGAUGACAUUUAUAAUGAUACUUCUACUCGUUUAAUCCAUAUGUCACCUAAUGAAGCUGUAAAAAAAGCUUUAAAGGGUGAAAAAAUAAUUGCUGAUCCAUCUGGUUUAGGGUUAGGGUUAGGGUUUGGUAGACGUCGCAUAACCGAUGUGAAUUGGUCACCAAAAGUUUAUCGUAUUAAAGAAUCUUUAAUACAAAAAAAUCAACCGGUAUUAUACUGGCUUAUGGAUGAAAAUGGAGAUGGACCUGAGAGAUCAUUUGUGAGAGAACAGCUAAUGAAAGUUGUCAACAUUGAAUAUCCGCCUAGAUGGAUUUUACGAGAUCAGUAUUAA